AUGAACAAUAUUGCUAUUGCAGAGAUCCCGUUUUUAACAGAAAGUUUAACAAACAAUGAUCAUCCAAUAUAUGAUCAACAAAAAUCUAAUGCGAUCCAUUGUUUUAUCGCAUCAGAAAAAAUUAAAUUAACAUUUAACAUGAAUCAAUUAAAGCCAUCUGAAAAGUUUUUAAAUGCAGUGGAAAAAGCAAUUAAUAGUAAUUAUCCGUUUUGUAAUUUGAAAAAUGUUUUUGAUAGGUUUGGGUACAUUUGUCCUUGCAGCAUUAUUCUUGGUAGAACAUUUUCAAAAAUUGGUGAAUCUGAUAAUAAUGACCAAUUUGUAAACGAAUAUAUUGAUUUUAGUGCAGGCAAAGAUGAGUCCAGAAUUGUAGAGGAGAAACUUGAAAAAUGGAAUAGGAUUGCAAAAAAUUUAGAUACAUCAUUCUUUUUGGAUUUUAACGGUGAUAUAGUAAAGAGUAAUGAGAUAUAUUUUCGAUUAAAAAGUUUGGAGGAAAAACAACAUUGGAAAAUAAUAACUCAAGAUUUAAUUCCCUUAUAUAAAAUAUUGCCUAAAGAUAAACAGAAUGAAAUAGAAAGCAUAGUUUCAGAUCAUUAUCACAUUGUCAUGACAGGUAUCACAAACAUCACGCAUGAUAAUCAAGUGUGCAUUAAUAUUCAAUUUGAGUGUCCACUUCAAGAUAGCGAUUAUGAAAUGUUUGGUUGUUUAAUUAUUAAUGAACAAAAUGAAUCAGAUGUGAUGAUACGAUUUAGUUUAGCAAAUCAAUACGGAUGCCGAGCUACUAUACAUAAACUUGAUACCAAAAGCAUACCUAUUGGCGCACAAGUAUUUUGGAUAGUACUCGCUAAAGGACAUGGAUAUUUUAGUUUGCAUUCUCGUAAUAUCCAAAUUGCAUGUGGAAAUGAAAGAUUAACGGGUCAAUUGCCGAUAAAUGUUAAAAUUCAAUUGCCUACAUCGAUGAAUCCAUGGUUAAAUUCAUGCUUUCUUGUUACUGGCUUUGAUUCAAAGUGCUUUAAUAGAAAUCAAGUUAUUAAAAGUAAACUUAAAGAUUUUUCAGAAACUUGUUUAAGCGUAGAAGUAUUCCAAUACAAUUUUGAUGACAUACAUAGUGAGAUUAAAAAUCUCACGAUGAGAUGGUGUAUUAUUGAUACUCAUCGGAAGGAUAAAAAAGAUCAUAUCACAGUUGAUGUCGGCGCAAAAACCUUAAGUUUAAAUUUUUUGGGUGUCCUGACGAGUAAUGUGUUUUCUGGUAAUCAUACCGGAAUAAAAAGUGAAAAAGAGAAUCACUCACACUUAGAGAAGAUUUCACAAAAAUCACAAAAAUAUCAUGAAGAAACUCAUCUACGAGGAGAACAUGUUGGAAAGUUUGGUGGGCCAACUACAGUGGCCGGUCAAACACUCUCCGCUGUCCAAACAGUAGGAGAUGCAAUUACUCCAUUCGUCCCCUUAUUCGGCAUGGUUACCAACAUACUUAAUCAGAUGUUAUCAAUCUAUGAAAAUGCAAAAUAUCGUGUUGAAAUUGCUCAAAUGGCGGUUAAAUCAUUUCAACGAAAAUAUCAAGCAAAUGAAAAAAAAUUUAGGAAUCAAAAUUAUUAUUAUGCUUGGGUUAGAUUUGUUAAUGUUCUAUAUAAUAUUAAAAAAUUUUCUAAAGAAGUUACGCAGCUAACAAAUUUUCAAAAGUUUAUAAAUGCUAAUGCUGUUAAAAAAGCUUUUGAAAAAAAUAUUAAAGAAUUUGAAGAAGUUUAUAGUGAUUUAAAUUUUACUAUGGCCAU